GAAAUGUGUACAGUGGCUAACGUCUACGUCGGCAGAAUCUGUUGUAUGGAGAAAGUUGUGCUGUUCUUCUAGCGCCUCUGCCAAGUACUGCAGUGUCCCGAAAGGGUGACUAAUUCGGGAGUUUCCGCGGCCUAAGAGCUUGGAGGUUGAAAGAGAGACCAGAUUUGACUAUCCACUGUGUUUGAAAAUGAGGAGAGGGGCAGAGUGGGUAAUCCGAAUCGGCAAUUCGCAAUUUUGAGACACGGAGUACGAGAGCAGUUCGAGGGUUCAGUCUGUGUGAGACGUUUGGUGAGCUCGGGAGUUUGAGUUUUCAUUUUUCCGUCUCCGAAUUGAGGUUGCGAUGUUCGUGUUGACGAAGGUGAAACAUGAACUGCGGAUUGCGCCGCAGAAGCUUUCGUUACCACUGCUGGAUGCGAUAACGAGCGAAAUUCAGAACUUGUUUUUUGACAAGGUUACAGCUCCUUGAGGAUGCCAGUCUAAUGCUAUAUUUCGGACCGUCGUCAGUAAUUUGGAGACAGCUCGUUAAAAUGAAGUGAAUCGCUUGCUGGCUUUUCGCUGUUGUUAUUCCAGGUCUUGAAAGAUAUGGGUCUCUGUAUAACGCUGUAUGAUGUGAGGGCAGUAGAAGGUGGUUUUGUGUUUCCUGGUGACGGAGCUCCUCGCUUUACGGUCGAUUUCCAGCUGGUCAUGUUCCGGCCUUUCAUUGGAGAAGUUUUGACAGGGAAACUGAAAAAAUGUGACAAAACUGGACUUUACAUAUCUCUGCAGUUCUUCGAGGAUAUUCACAUCCCAGAGCACCUUCUCCAGCAACCUUCUGUUUUUGAUGAAGAGGAGAAGCUCUGGAUUUGGAAUUUCAACGGGAAUGAUAUGUUCAUGGAUCUUGAUGAGGAGGUCCGGUUUCGGGUUGUGCAAGUGAAAUAUCCUACCAUCCCUAUCGAACAAGACAAGGGUGCAAAACCUUUUGCUCCCAUGGAGAUCACUGGAGACAUCAAUGCUGAUGGACUGGGACUUGUUUCGUGGUGGUGAGAGUCUAUUCCGAUUGACGCACUCAAGCACAACAGGAAGCAGCGAAACUCGCCCGUGCCCACUGACCCGACCUGGUCGCACCAUAUGUCAAUAUGGUGGUCUACAUAAGAGGGAGAUCACAUUCUGAGAUGCUUUUCUGGGAGCCUAGUUUACAAUUGUUUUAUAAUUCAUUACCGCCUGGGUGUAGAGGAACUCGAGAUUUUGGUUAAAUAAAAUAUUUUCUUUUGUAUAAAGUAGCCAUCGGACUUCUAUUUUA